GGCACGGCGGUGUGAACAGCUGGGCGGGGUUUGUCAACGGCAGACCCCUACCUGACGUGGUGAGGACAAGAAUCGUAGAACUCGCCCACCAAGGAGUGAGACCCUGUGACAUUCGAGACAACUUACGGGUCAGCCACGGAUGUGUCAGCAAAUACUGGGGCAGAUACUACGAGACCCGCAGUAUAAAGCCAGGAGUUAUUGGUGCCAAACCAAAAGUGGCGACUCCAAAGGUUGUGGAUAAAAUAGCGGACUACAAGCGCCAGAAUCCGACCAUGUUCGCGUGGGAAAUCAGAGACAGACUGUUAGCUGAGGGCGUCUGUGACAACGGACACGUUCCAAGCGUCUCGUCCAUUAACAG